AUGUCUUCAAUUCGAAAAUACUUCGACGAGGUUGACAAAAACUUUUUCUGCAAAACGUGCUCAAAAAAAUUUUCAGUACAAAAAACAGGAACUACUACUCAUCUUUGGACUCAUCUGGAAAAAAGUCAUCCUAAUAUUCAUGCCACAGCAAAAGAAGAAGUUGAAAAAAUGAAAGCUGAAAAGCAACUUUGUGCUCCAUCAACAUCAUCAGCAUCAAAGCGAAAGCUGGACGAAUCAAACAUGAAAAUUUCGACCUUUUUUGUCAAAACAUUGGAUUCUUCCACAAAGAAAAAAUAUGAUAAAGCAGUCUUGAACUUUAUUGUGGCCUUUGAAAGUGCUGCAGGAAUUGGAUUCAAAAAUUUGUGCUCUGUCUUUACAAAUGGCAGCUACAAUCCACCACAUCCAACAACUCUUUCCCGAAGAUUAGAUGAUAUGGUCAAUAUCCUUCAUGAACAAUUUGGAGCAAACUUAAGAUCAGACAUGGCAACCACCAAACCUUCCAUCACAUUUGAUCAUUGGAAAGCUGACAACCAAACAAACAAUCUUGUGAUCACUCUUCAUUUCAUUUCUGAAUCAGAUUGGACCCUCAUAUCAAGAUGCUUUUCAGUUGUAAAUCUGGAAAAUCUAAAUGCAGAUCACACCUCUUCAGCAACAGAGGGAAUUAUUCGAGGAGAAUUGGAGAAAUAUUGCAUUGAAUUAAGCUCAGUUUUUUUAUGCCACUACGGAUACUACAAACACAAUGCCUUGUACAGCUAG